AUGGAUAAGGAUUUUUACGGAGGUUACAUAAGUGAUCCAAGAAAUGCUCAUGAAAAGGCAAAUUCAUAUACCAUUAUUGAAGGACCGAAAAAAGACUCUAGAUUUGAGUAUGGGCCCCAUUGCAGUAGGAGAGUGAGAGUGGAGGACGGUGGUUCCAGUCUUGCUGCAUCUGAGAUUUUAGAGAUGAAAGAAGAACCGUCGCCUGCGACUCAAACUCAUAUCCAACGACUCGUGAAAGCGAAUUCAUCACCUUCGGUUGCGAUCGAAGAGCCGUUGCUUCGGACGAUGGGUGGUGGGGGGAAAGGGAGGUGGUCGGCGACGAGAGUGGCAAGAGUUGUGCUUUUUGGGAUAAAUUCGGGGAUUGGGUAUUUGUUGAUGUUGGCCGUCAUGUCGUUUAAUGCGGGGGUGUUCUUGGCGCUUGUUUUAGGAUUGGCAAUUGGAACACUCAUGUAUGUACAACCGGGACGGGAUGAUAGAACUUUGCCGGACUCGGAAUCCCGGUUGUGUAAUGCGAUACUUCGUGCCGCGAUUGCUCCACACCGCUACGUCUCAUGA